GGCAGGGAACCACACGUCUCAGUGAUGUUUGAACCUGAUGAUAUUCUGGACAAAAAGAGCCCUCCACCAUGCUUGGGGCUGUUUUCACCACUUUACACUGACUCAAUAGACACUCUAGGCUUCAGAAUGACACAUAGAUGGGUAACAUAUCUGGAAUCUUAUUAGUUAUCAAAUAUGACCCAUCCUGUUAUUGAGUGUUCCAUUCUAUAAAGCUCUUUAUGAAGACCCUCAAGGGCCACAUGGAGCAGGAAAACGACACCAGUGUUCAGGAGUUCAUCCUGCUGGGAUUCCCAACCAGCUUGGAGCUACAGAUACUGCUCUUUGUGAUAUUCCUGGUGGCCUAUGUGCUGACCCUCCUGGAGAAUAUGGUCAUCAUUGCCUUGAUCCAGACAAACCAUCACCUCCGCAAGCCCAUGUAUUUCUUCCUCAGUCACCUCUCCUUCCUGGAAGCCUGGUACAUAUCAGUUACCAUCCCCAAACUGCUGGUGAAUUUCCUGGUGGAGAACAAGAGCAUCUCCUUUGUGGGAUGCAUGACCCAACUCUACUUCUUCAGCUCCCUCUUAUGCACUGAGUGUGUCCUGCUGGCUUCCAUGGCCUACGACCGCUAUGUGGCCAUCUGCAACCCGCUGCGUUACCCGGCCAUCAUGACCCACCAGUUCUGCCUGCAGCUGGCAGCUGUCUCCUGGGUAAGUGGCUUCUCCAUCUCCCUGGUCAAGGUGUCAUUCAUCUCACAAUUGAUGUUUUGCAGCCCGGGGAUCAUCAACCAUUUCUUCUGUGACAUCUCCCCGGUGCUGAACCUGGCCUGCACCGACAUGUCACUGGCGGAGACGGUGGACUUUGCGCUAGCCUUGAUCAUCCUGAUGGUCCCGCUCUCUGUGACCAUUGUCUCCUACCUGUGCAUCAUUGCCACCAUCCUGCACCUCCCCACUGUCCAAGGGAGGAAGAAAGCCUUCUCCACCUGCACCUCCCACCUCACUGUGGUCAUCAUCUUCUUCUCAACCUCCCUCUUCAUGUAUGCCCGGCCCAAGAAGAUUCACCCAUUUAACUUGAACAAGCUGGUGUCAGUCGUGUACACUAUUGUCACCCCCAUGCUGAACCCCUUCAUCUACUGCCUGAGGAACCAAGAAGUGAAGGCAGCACUAAGGAAAGCUUUCUGUGGUGUGAUUGCUGUCCGCCAGGCCUCUGUUAUAAACACAGCCCUCCAAAGGGACAGAGAGUUUCAUGCUGGUGGAACAUGAGCAGCAUGUUCCUUAUGGGAUGUAAAGCCAGGACGUAUAGAGAUCCUUUUUAUUGACACAAGCUGAGAGCUGGAAAAACUGAGAGAACCGCAUGUCACUCUCUCUCCAGGAACCUCAAUAAAUAAUCUCCUUUCUGUUUUGUAUAUCCAAACUCUGUCUGUCCUCUCUCCACAGGGAAUUCUAGUGAGACAAGGGAAAAGACAUGGCUGAGGGGGGGAAUUUCAAUAAGGAUUGGACAAUCCCUGGAAUUCAAGAGGUAUU